UAUAAUAUGCAAACACUUAUCAAACCCUAUCUAAUAUCGGGAAAAGUGGUCGCCGGGUUCGGUCGCGGAUCCAAACAGUUAGGCAUACCUACGGCCAACAUCGAUACCGAUGUUGUCCAACAGAUACCGCUAAAAGACGGCGUCUACUGUGGAUUUUGUCAGUUGAUUGCCGCCGACGCCGACGCGGCCACAACUACGGGUCCCAAUCAGCCGCCGGUAAUCUAUCCGAUGGUCUGCAGUCUAGGUUUGAAUCCACAAUUCGGUACAACUUUGCGAUCACUGGAAGUACAUAUUCUUCAUGAAUUUGCCGACGAUUUCUAUGGCCAUACAUUACGUACGGCUAUUUGCGGCCAUAUUAGAGAUCAGCAAAAGUUUACUGAUUUACAGCAAUUGAUUGAUUGUAUACACAAUGAUAUAGCUAUAGCUAAACAGGAAUUAUUAUCAAUGAAUGAUCAAAAUCGAUGGUCAAUGGUAUUGAAUGAUGAAUUUUUUAGAUAAUUUUAAAAAACUUU